AUGAUAUCUAAAUUUGAUAAUGUGAUGUUGGAACAUUUGCGUAGAGUGGAAAAAUCACAAAAUUGUCAUUCAAAACAGGCUCAUUACUUAGGAGAUAAAAUUCAAAAUGAGUUGAUAGCUUUAAUAGCAGAAAAUAUAAAAUCAAAAAUAAUUGACAUGUUGAAAGAAUCAAAAUACUUUUCAAUUAUUCUUGAUUGUACUCCAGACGUGAGUCAUUCAGAACAAUUGACAAUUGUUGUAAGAUUUGUCAAAAAGAAUGAAGCAGUAAUUUGUGAACAUUUUUUGGGUUUUGUUCCCAUUAAUGAUUCCACAGGAAAAGGACUUUCAGAUUGUUUAUUAAAUGUUUUAGCUGAAUUAAAAUUAAACAUAAAUGACCUAAGAGGACAAGGCUACGACAAUGGUGCGAACUUGCGAGGAAAGCACAAUGGUGUACAGAAAAAAAUUCUUCAGAUAAAUCCUCGUGCUUUUUUUGUGCCUUGUUCUGCACAUUCUCUUAAUCUAGUUGUAAAUGAUGCUGCUAAAAUAUGGGAAAGUAGAAUUGAAUCAAUAAAGCCUCUAAAAUAUCAGCUUGGAGAAAUAUAUGAUUCUUUAAUUCAAAUAAAUGAAGAUGAGACAGAGGACAUGAACACACGACUACUAGCCCAGUCGUUGUACCCAAAAUUAAAUAUUGGCAUUGCUUUAGAGAUGAUUGAAAAUUUAAAAGAAUACUUUACAAAGAAAAGAAGUGAUGAACAUUUUUUAGAUAUUAUCUUAAAGUCAAAAAAGUUAUCUUUAGAUGUAAACGGAGACACUACAUUUCCAAUAGAACAAAGACUUAGGAAAAGAAAGAAACAUUUUGAUUAUGAAACUGAAGAUGAACCCAUAAUUGAUCCACAAAAUAGUUUUAAAUGUAACUUUUACUAUACUAUUUUAGAUUCUACUUUAUCAUCACUUAAUGAAAGAUUUGAGUUACUUAGAACAAAUUCGGAUAUAUUUUUAAUAUUUUAUUCAAUUAAGAAUUUAAUACAAAUGUCUGAUAAAGAACUACUCAAACAUUGUAAUGAUUUACAAAUACAUCUGACCGAUAAUGUCCUUAAUGAAUCUGAUAUAAGUGGUCCUGAGUUGUACGAAGAAAUUAUAUCAUUAAGAAUUCAUUUAAAAUUAGAUUACAAUUCCCAUGAUGUUUUAAAUUAUAUUCAUACAAAUGGCUUAUCAUCAUUUUUUCCUAACAUGUGUAUUGCUCUACGCAUUUAUUUAACAAUGCCUGUUAGUGUUGCUACAGGAGAAAGAUCUUUUUCAAAGUUAAAAAUAGUCAAAAACUACCUUAGAUCAACUAUGAAUCAAGAUAGAUUGACUAAUCUGUCAAUUAUUUCAAUUGAACAUCAGUUAUGUCAAAGUUUGGACACAAAAUCAUUAAUUGAAAAGUUUUCAGCUGUAAAAGCUAGAAAAGUUCAUUUUGUUUAA